GUUAAGGUCCAAAAUGGCGGCGUUACGGAACGGUGUCUCGCAUUGUCGGACGUUUUUACGAGUGUACCCAAACGUAACAACGCCAAAGGCUAACAUGUCUGCAUUUGCAAAAUUAUCAAGUGGAAAGAAAAUGAUAUUGUCAUCACUGGGUGCACUGACAGCCGCUGGUGUUGGACUUGUAGCCGCUUUAGAGAUGUCUGUAAGGGCUGAUGAAGAACACACACUUCAUUCUCCCAAAUAUCCAUGGAGCCACAGUGGAACGUUUGCUGCAUUUGAUCAUCGAAGUAUUCGGCGUGGAUUUCAGGUUUACAAACAAGUCUGUGCUGCUUGCCACAGUAUGGACUACCUUGCAUUUCGUAAUUUAGUUGAUGUAUGUUACAGUGAGAAAGAGGCUAGAGUGUUAGCAGAGGAUGUACAGAUAGAAGAUGGACCUGAUGAUGAAGGGAAUAUGUUUAUGAGGCCUGGUAAAUUAUCUGAUUAUUUCCCUAAACCAUAUCCAAAUGAAGAAGCAGCGAGAGCUGCAAAUAAUGGUGCAUAUCCACCGGAUCUUAGUUAUAUCGCAUUAGCUCGCCAUGGCAGUGAGAACUAUAUCUUUUCAAUAUUGACUGGUUAUUGUGACCCUCCAGCCGGAAUUGAACUUCGAGAAGGCCUUGCAUAUAAUCCAUAUUUCCCUGGUGGUUCUAUUGGUAUGGCUCAACAGUUGUACGACGGUGGCGUUGAAUAUGAUGAUGGUACAUACGCAUCUAGAAGUCAGAUGGCAAAAGAUGUCUCUGUUUUCUUAAGAUGGGCUGCAGAACCAGAACAUGAUCAACGUAAAAGAAUGGGACUCAAGGCACUUAUGGUAUUGGGUCUGUUGAUUUCAGUCUCUUAUUACCUUAAAAGACACAAGUGGUCAGUUCUGAAGAGUAGAAAACUUGCAUAUGUUCCACGUCGGCGAUGAUAGUUAUCUCUGUUUAGUUUCACUAAAAAAAAAGUGUUAAGAGUUGUGUCCUUAAUAUAUUUGAAUAGGAUGGACUUUGUUUUGUCUUGUGCUCAACAAUGGGAAAUAAUAACUAUGUAUGGUGAAUUUGCACAUACAUGAUGGGCCCGGUUUUAAUGCGUGUUUUUGGUUAUAUUAGCACAAUUCAAAUCAAUCCCAGCUUUCAUUGCUCUAAAUAUUUAACCAUCCAAAAAUAAAUUGACCUCAUUGUCCAGAGUAUUGUAUUAUAAUUUGAAAUCAUUUUUGUGGUUUCCAACAUAAAAAUAAAUAAAAACAUCUUUUCAUCACAUC